CACAAUAUAACAAUUUCGGUUUACAUAAUUCAGUAUAAAUACCUUCAGUCUUCAUCAACAAUUCAUCACCAAUCGAGCAAAAAAAGCUAGAUAGCUAGAAGCUAAAUAGAAUUUUUUUAAAAUGGUUGCAUCGAAGCGACUAGUUGUCUCUUGCUUUCUCUUAGUGUUGUUGAUAGCAGAAGCCAAUGCACAAGGCUUGAAAGUAGGCUUCUACGGCAAAACAUGCCCGCAUGCCGAGGGUAUUGUUAGAAAGGUCGUGUUCGCUGCGAUGAAGAAAGCUCCUACGCUUGGUGCUCCUUUGCUUAGAAUGUUCUUCCACGACUGCUUCGUUCGUGGAUGUGACGGAUCAAUCUUGUUAGAUUCAUCAAACAAUCAAGCCGAGAAGAAUGCGGUUCCUAACCUAAGCCUUCGAGGGUUUGGCAUCAUAGACGAUUCCAAGGCGGCUCUAGAAAAAGUGUGUCCUGGCAUAGUUUCAUGCUCUGAUAUCUUAGCCCUUAUUGCUAGGGACGCAAUGGUUGCACUUGAAGGACCAACAUGGGAAGUAGAAACGGGGAGAAGAGACGGUAGGGUUUCUAAUAUCAAUGAGGUUAACUUGCCAUCACCUUUUGAUAACAUCGCCAAGCUUAUCACUGAUUUCCGUACAAAGGGACUCAACGAGAAAGAUUUAGUCAUCCUUUCAGGUGGACACACAAUUGGGAUGGGACAUUGUCCUCUAAUGACAAACCGUCUUUACAACUUCACCGGAAGAGGAGACAGCGACCCGAGUUUGGACUCAGAGUACGCAGCUAACCUCAGGAAGAAAUGUAAGCCGACCGAUACAACGACGGCUCUAGAGAUGGAUCCAGGAAGUUUCAAGACAUUCGACGUGAGCUACUUCAAGCUAGUGGCAAAGAGAAGAGGGCUUUUCCAGUCGGAUGCUGCUCUGUUGGACAACUCAAAGACUAGGGCUUAUGUCUUGCAGCAGGCACGUGGGUCAACCUUCUUUCAUGACUUUGGUGUCUCAAUGGUGAAAAUGGGUCGGAUCGGGGUUCUUACUGGUCGUGCCGGGGAGAUUCGUAAAAUGUGUCGCGUUCCUAAUUAAAGAGAUUAUAAAAGAAUGAAAACAUAUAUCUAGCCGAGUUUGAUUCUUGUUGUGGUUUGCUUCUAUAUGUGAUUGUUGGGAAUAUGCUGUAUUUAAUUUGUC